AUGGACAAUAUAUUGGGCGUCAACGAACAGUACCGUAGUCUACCGAGGAGGAGGACAGUGAAGACAGGCGCUGCGACCGACGAAGCCAACCGCAUCUCUGCCGCCAACGCGAAACGUGAAGCCCGCAAAUCACAACUUCGCCCAGUAAGCAUCGCCCCCGCACAACCGCUUCCAACGUGUCCUCGAUGUCGACGGACAUUCCGGGCUCGAAUCGGACCUGUUGGACAUCUUCGGAUUAACUGCGCCUCUCGAACGUCACCAACCAUCGUACCCCGCCUGCCUCUUCCUCCUCCUCCUCUCCGCCGCCAACUAACCCUGACAAUUCUUCUGACCCACCACUUCCAUCAUCAUCCUCCUCCUCCUCCUCCUCCUCGCCCACUGCUCCAACGGCGGCCGCUCAGGCGACUGUCCCACGCACAGCAACCGACACUACCACCACCUCCCCCGACUCCAGGGAUGAGGAUCAGGACUACACCUGCCCUCACUGCGACCGUACCUUCACCUCACACAUCGGCCUGGUCGGUCACUUGCGAAUCCAUCGCACAGAGCCUGGCGAACCAGUGCGUGAAGCACCAACCCACACCCACCACACUCGCCUCCACUGCCCACACUGUCCUCGCACCUUCAGGCAUCGCAAGAGCCUUUUCGGCCACAUGCGCAUCCACGAGAGCGGAAUCGACCACAAUUCCGACAUACCAACCACGCCCAUCAUGUCCAGCACCACCCUCGCACCGUCCAUCUGCGCCACCACCAACGCCUCCUCUGUAGCUGACACUGACACCGCCAACUUCUCAUGCCCACACUGUCCACGCACAUUCGCCUCACGCAUCGGCCUGAUCGGUCACUUGCGAAUCCAUCGCACAGAGGCUGGCGAACCAGUGCCUGGAGCACCCACCUAUACCCACCAAGCUCGUCUCAACUGCCCACACUGUCCUCGCACUUUCAGGCAUCGCAUGAACCUAUUCGGCCACAUGCGCAUCCACGACGACCUGCGGUAG